ACGGACUGAGCGGAAGAUGGUGGGACGGACCACUUCCGGCGGAAGUUGGCUGUGGGGCCGGAAGUGGGGGAGGUUUGGGUGUCAGCUCGAGUUUCCGGGCUGGAUAGGAGAGGGGCACUUCCGGCGGAAGUUUGAGAGGAGGACACUUCCGGGUACGCCAUGAACUUCCGGCGUGGGACGGGGCGGGUGGUGAUGGGGGCGGAACUUGAGGAGUGAGCUCAAGUUUCCAGAGGGGCAGCAGAAAGCUGCAGGAUCACUUCCGGUGCGAUUCAGCGCUACUUCCGGAACGACCUACUUCCGGUAGAAGCGCUUCGCGCUGCUAAGCGCACUUCCGGCGGAAGCUUGAUGGCGUCACAUCCGGCGGAAGUGUCCUGUCGGAGGAUCCAUCAUGGCGGCGCUCAGCUCGGAGCAGCCGGAGCUCUCCAGUCUUCCGGAAAAUGACCCGGAUGUGGAGCCGUUGCCUCGGGGCGCGUUCCGGUGUCAGCUGUGUCACGUGACGGCGGCCAACCGCCCCAGUCUCCGCGCUCACCUUGUGGGUAAGAAGCACCGUCACCAUCGUUCCCUCCGCGCUGAGCGUCGCUGGCAGCAGCAGCGCAGCCUCUUUGUCAGCGGGUUCCAACGUGGGACGGCGCCGCAGGAGCUCAGGGAACAUUUCGGGGCCUUCGGGGCCGUGCAAACCGUCAUGGUGGACAAGGACAAGGGUGCCUACGCCAUCGUGGAGCUGGCUGACGCCGAGGGUCGGGCUCGUGCUUUGUCCCACCCCCACCAUUAUCUCAAUGGCCGCCGCCUCCGGGUCCGACCCAGGGACCAGAAAGAGUUUUGUGUUGGGACCCCCAACCGGGGGGGGCGGGGAGAGACCCCCCCCCUUAAAGGAGGCAACGGCUUCGACGUCCAUUGCUGUGACCUGGAUCUCCUAUUAAACCUCCCCCCUCCCCACUCUCCCCCCCCCCACGGAUCCCAACCCGGCAUCAUGGACCCCAUAGAUCUCAGUUCCACCCCCCCCGAGGAGCUGCUCCAUUUAGUGGCCUCCAUCCUCCGUCGUUGUGUCCCCGGUGUCACCCACGUCCGUCCCGUCCCCUCGGCCCGUCGGCCCGUCGUCAAGUUCUGCCAUAAGCAGUCGGGGCUCCUGGGAGACGUCUCCAUUGAUAACAGGCUGGCUCUGCACAACACCAGGUUCCUGAAGCUCUGCUCCGAGGCCGACCCCCGUGUGAGGCCGUUGGUGUACGCAGUGAGGCUGUGGGCCAAGCAGCAGGGGCUGGCGGGGAACCCAGCCGGGGGGGGACCCCUCCUCACCAACUACGCGCUGACGCUGCUGGUGCUGUUCUUCCUGCAGACCCGCAGCCCCCCGGUGCUGCCCACAGUGCAGGAGCUGCGGGAGCUGGCAGGUCCGCAAUGCAUCGUCAUGGAGUCGGGCUGGGACUGCAGCUUUCCCUGCGACGCCGCGUCGCUCCCGCGCAGCGACAACACGCAGAGCGCCAGUUCCUCCUCGCCAAUUUUCUUUCCAACCAAUUCUUUCAGCUCCUUCCCCUUCAAGACCCACUUCCCCUCCCUCCGCCACGGCCGCCCGCAGCCCCUCACGGCCGCCGACCCCCUCCUCAAACGGAGCCCCCUGACCGUCCCGGAUCCAUUUGAACUCAAUCACAACGUCGCCUCCAACGUCACCCCCAAAUCAGCCCAACGUUGGAUCCAGAGCUGCUCAGCGGCCGCUAAAUAUUGUCGGAGCCUCCAGUACAGCCAGAAAUCCACCAAGGGGCGCUCCUGGGGCUUGAUACGACUCUUCCAACCCGGAGCUGUGGAGCCUGGAGGAGGAGGAGGAGGAGGAGGAAGGUCGGCCUUCCUCAUCCCCAUCCCUUUGGAUGACGGCGAUGGGUUGAAGGGGGUCUGUGCCGCCGUCGUCUUCGUGCUGAGGGACGUCCUGAGGUGCGAUGUGGGGCGGAGGGAGAAUGGGGUGGGGGACAAUGGGGCGGGCUGUGGGGUGGCGGAGGACACAGAGAUCUUGGAGGACCCCAAAGGAGCUUCUGAGGUGGAGCCCGACGUCUUGGAGGACCCCGAAGUCUUGGAGGACCCCAAAGUCUUGGAGGACCCCAAAGGAGCUUCUAAGGUGGAGCCUGAAGGCUUGGAGGACCCCGAAGUCUUGGAGGACCCUAAAGGAUCUCCUAUGGGGGACCCCAAAUUACAAGACCCUAAAGUUAUGGGAGCUCCUGGGAUGGACCCCAAAGUCUUGGAAGACCCCAAAGUCAUGGAGGACCCCAAAUUACAAGACCCUAAAGUUAUGGGAGCUCCUGGGAUGGACCCCAAAGCCUUUGAAGACCCCAGAGGUUUGGGAGCUCUUGAGAUGGACCCCAAAGCCUUUGAAGACCCCAAACUUGUGGGAUGGUGUGGAACGGACCCCAACCUGAUGGCAGAGGACCCCAAAGCCAUAGAGGUGGACCUCGAGGACCCCAAACUCGUGGAGGCUUCAGGAACGGAUCCCGACAUCCCGCUGCCGUCCCCAUUAGUGGGUUCCAAACGCCCCCAACCCAAAGGGCUGGAUGUCACCGCGACCCCAAAGGCCAAACGGCAGCGAGUGGCCGACCCCAUAGAGGAGGAGGAGGAGGAGGAGGAGGAGGAAGCAACGCGUUGGAGCUGCUCCCUAUGGCACCGCGUGUGGACCGGGAGGCGGCGCCUCCGCCGUCAACUACAGCACCGCGACGGCACCAGUAGGGUCCAUGGGGACAACAGUGGGAUCCAAUGUGGGGAUGGGGGUCCCAAUGGGAUCCAUAGGGACACCAGUAGGGUCUGUGGGGACAACAGUGGGAUCCAGUGUGGGGAUGGGGGCUCCAAUGGGAUCCAUAGGGACACCAGUAGGGUCCAUGGGGACAACAGUGGGAUCCAAUGUGGGGAUGGGGGCCCCAAUGGGAUCCAUAGGGACACCAGUAGGGUCCGUGGGGACAACAGUGGGGUCUGUGGGGAUGGGGACGCCAAUGGGAUCCAUAGGGACACCAGUGGGGUCCGUGGGGAUGGGGACACCAAUGGGAUCCACGGGGAAACCAGUGGGAUCUAUGGGGACAUCAGUGGGGUCUGUGGGGAUGGGGACACCAGUAGGCCCCCGUAUGGGGAUGGGGACCCCAAUGGGCUCCAUGGGGACACCAGUAGGGUCUGUGGGGACACCAGUGGGGGCUGUGGGGAUGGAGGCCCCAAUGGGCUCCAUAGGGACACCAGUAGGGUCCGUGGGGACAACAGUGGGGGCUGUGGGGAUGGGGGUCCCAAUGGGAUCCAUAGGGACACCAGUAGGGUCCAUGGGGACAACAGUGGGGGCUGUGGGGAUGGGGGUCCCAAUGGGAUCCAUAGGGACACCAGUAGGGUCCGUGGGGACAACAGUGGGGGCUGUGGGGAUGGAGGCCCCAAUGGGAUCCAUAGGGACACCAGUAGGGUCCAUGGGGACAACAGUGGGAUCCAAUGUGGGGAUGGGGGCUCCAAUGGGCUCCAUAGGGACACCAGUGGGGUCCAUGGGGACACCAGUGGGAUCUGUGGGGAUGGGGACACCAGUAGGCCCCAGUAUGGGGAUGGGGACCCCAAUGGGCUCCAUGGGGACACCAGUAGGGUCUGUGGGGACACCAGUGGGGUCUGUGGGGAUGGGGGCACCAGUAGGCCCCAGUAUGGGGCUGGGGCCCCCACUGGGCUCCAUGUGGACACCAAUGGACUCUAUAUGGACGUGGACCCCUGUGGGCCCCCCGAUGACCUGGACUUGGAGCAGAAGGUGACGGCCGCCAUCUUGGAACAAAAUGGCGCCGCUCCACUUCCGGCCCCGCUGCUUCGUUUCCAUGCCGACGUCCGGUUGACGUUGGGGGGCCGUCGGGCCCUGCUUCGGCUGAGCCCCAUCCCGGGUCCUGGGCCCCUUUUUAGGGAUUUUUUCCAUUUUUUGAGGGUUUUUCUGCCCCCUUUGGUGAGGAAGAGGUUGAUUCAACCCCGUCUGUGACCUUUUAGGACCCAUAAAACCCAUUCUGUGCCCUUUAAGGACCUUUUCAACCCCUUUGUACCCUUUAAGGACCUUUAAGGACCUUUGUGCCCUUUAAGGACCCAUUAAACCCCCUCUGUGACCUGUCAGGACCCAUUCAGCCCCUUCUGUGCCCUUCAAGGACCCUUUCGACUUCUUCUAUGCCCUUUCAGGACCCAUUAAAUCCCUUUGUGCCCUUUUA